CAUUCUGUGGUCACCUGCAUAUCCGGAGCUUACCUGGGCACGGCAUGACAUCUUUAUUGAUAAAAGUGAUGACGUUCAUUUCAACUCGCACCUGGAGAACCUUAAUAUCUCGACGAUCUUCAUCAAGCACAGACGUCCAAACAGUGACUGUCGCCCCGAAUGGAAGCGAUCUUGCACUGCAAUGACCUCAAGUGCCGGGCGCUCUGCCCUGACCAGGCAGUAGUCACGACAUGUUGUCACGUCUUCUGCCUGUCAUGCGCAGAUCGUCUCGGUCUGACCGCACCACGAGACGGACAACGAAAAUGUCCUGCCUGCAAGGCGACUCUCGAUAGUCCUGAUGAUGCUGUGCUCGCCUCAUUGAACCCUACCGAAGACUACAAAACCAGCAUCCUCUCCGGCUUGAACCCAACCAUCAUCAUGGAAAUUGCAGGACGUGGACUGGGAUUCUGGAACUAUCAGAUGGCACAAGAGAUCACAUACCAGGAUUAUCUUGCAAAGAGCUUGACGGAGCGCUACCACGACCUCAGUGCUCACCUGGACAACACGAUCAAAGGCGCCGACAAUGAGAUGAAGGGGCUGGAGCUCAAGCUUCGAGAUGCUCAAGAGGAAUUGUUCGAGAUGCGCCAGAAGCACGAAAAGCUGAUCGAAGCCUACAAAGAGAAGUCAAAGAAUCAGCAGCAAACACAGAAGCUGUACCAAACGCUCAAGCAACAACAAUUCGCUGCUGGUAUAGAGCUAGCCGCAGACACCGACGCGGGACAUGUCUUGCAUGAGAAUGGUGGCGGACGUCGUGCAGAUUCCGGGUCGGACACGCAUUUGCGUAAUUACCAUCACGACGAACAACGACCACGAGCAGGAGCAAGUGACAUUUGGCCCACGAUUUCCAAGGCUGGCGGGAAUAGAUCUGGCAUGGAGAGCUCCCAUGCCAUGUUCAACCAGGGAGGUAGCGGUGCUCGAAGUCGUCCCAUGCAGCCGGCAUACGGCAACUUCAGUCAAAGCAACAUGGGACAAAGCGUGCAAGGGAACGAUGGCUUGAGGCGAGGCACGCCUCUCCGAGGAUCAUUCGCCGCCAUCCAGCCAACUCAGUUCAGCAACAGCAUCUCAUCCUUUGGUGUGCCGGGCAUUCGUAAGACAAGACUGUCACAGGAACCCAUCGCCGGGCGCACGCGAGCGUCUGUUGCAAGGCAAUCGCAGGUGCCAGGAAUGCGAAUGCGCUGAAGAUGGGAUUUGGAAAUGAUCGGAAAUCUCAUGUGAGAUCCCAGCAUACAUCUCAGUUCACU